CAGAGAAAAUGACGCAACCAUGAAAAUUUCAUGGGCUCCAGCGAGAUUCUCGCUCAUUCUGUCCCCUCUCUCUCUCUUCAUGUUUCGGUUAGAAUCUCUCACGUUUAAUGUUGAAAGAUUUGAUAUUUUUUCUCAAGGUGUUUAUGAUCCUCUCCCAUUUUUUUUUAGUUUCUUUAGGUGAUGUUUUGUCUCGAUUCUGAAAUCUUUGGUUCAUACACUAAACAUUGUUUCGCACAAUCCCAAGACGAUGUUGAUGAUGAUGAUUACCCUGAAAUGAGUAUAUGAUUUGUGUGGUAAAAAAGAGAGUAUUAAUAUAUGGAUUCUACAAAGAGUUGGUUUCAGAAGCGGCAGAUGCAUGGAGGAUCCAAAUAUAAAGGUGGCUCAGGUGGUGGUGGUGGUGGUAGUAAUGAUGGCUCUGCCGAUGAGCAACCAAACCUGGAAACCGAUGAAGAAGCUGUCUCUAACACUACCAAACAGAAAGUUGCAGCUGCUAAACACUACAUUGAGAAUCAUUACAAAGAGCAGAUGAAGAUUCUCCAAGAGAGGAAAGAAAGGCGAAGCUUGCUAGAGCAGAAGCUGGCAGAUGCUGAUGUUUCUGAAGAAGAUCAAAACAAUCUUAUCAAGUUUCUGGAGAAGAAGGAGACAGAGUACAUGCGCCUUCAACGCCACAAGCUAGGCGUUGCUGAUUUCGAUUUGCUUACCAUGAUUGGUAAAGGUGCUUUUGGAGAGGUUAGAGUUUGUAGAGAAAAGACUACAGGUCAAGUUUAUGCAAUGAAAAAGCUCAAGAAGGCUGAGAUGCUUCGCAGAGGCCAGGUUGAGCAUGUGAGAUCAGAGAGGAACUUACUUGCGGAAGUUGACAGUAACUACAUAGUGAAGCUCUACUGUUCAUUUCAAGAUGAUGACCAUCUUUACCUUGUGAUGGAGUAUCUUCCUGGUGGUGAUAUGAUGACUCUCCUCAUGCGCAAAGAUACUUUGACAGAAGAUGAGGCCAAGUUUUAUGUAGCUGAGACCGUUCUCGCCAUCGAGUCCAUCCACAUGCACAAUUACAUCCACAGGGAUAUCAAGCCGGACAACUUGCUGCUCGACAGAUAUGGGCACGUGAGACUGUCGGAUUUUGGACUGUGUAAACCUUUGGACUGCAGUGUCAUUGGAGAGAACGAAUUUUCGAAAAAUUCUAAUGGAUCUACGGAGCAAGAGGCUGGAUCAACUGCUCCAAAACGCACUCAGCAGGAACAACUCGAACAUUGGCAUAGGAACAGGAAGAGAACGCUAGCUUAUUCCACAGUUGGCACACCGGAUUACAUAGCUCCAGAAGUUCUACUGAAGAAAGGUUAUGGAAUGGAGUGUGACUGGUGGUCUCUUGGAGCUAUCAUGUACGAAAUGCUAGUAGGAUAUCCUCCUUUUUAUUCAGAUGAUGCUAUGUCAACCUGUAGAAAGAUAGUAAACUGGAAAAGUCAUUUGAAGUUUCCAGAGGAAGCAGUAUUAACGCGGGAAGCAAAAGAUCUUAUCAACAGUCUUUUGUGCAGUGUCAGACGUAGGCUUGGUUCCAAAGGUGCUGAUGAAAUAAAGGCUCAUCCAUGGUUUGAAACUGUUGAUUGGGAUACAAUAUUCGAUAUGGAUGCAGCGUUUGUUCCUGAGGUCAAUGACGAUUUAGACACUCAGAAUUUUGAGAAGUUUGACGAGUCCGAAUCACAAUCUCAGACAUCAUCCAAGUCUGGCCCAUGGAGGAAGAUGCUGUCGUCAAAGGACGUAAACUUUGUAGGGUACACUUACAAGAACUACGAGAUCGUUAAUGAUUACCAAGUUCCUGGAAUGGCGGAGUUAAAGAAGAAGAACAAGUCGAAGCGACCACCAAUGGUCAAAUCACUCUUCGAUAGUGGAUCAUCUGAGACAUCGGAAACAACAGCGAGGUCGGCUUGUGAUCGACCCCCUCCCACUCCAACUCCUACUCCGCCAGUGGCUAAGGGAAGCUUUCUGAAACUUCUACCACCAGAACUCGAAGUCAGUUCAAAGCAUGAAGCUUGCUAAA